AUGUCCGAAAAAUUAAGUCAUCCUCCCAAAAAUGAGUCAAACACACUAGAAAACCAGCUCAAUUACAGACAUGCAGCGUUUGAAGAAGAAAACGAUGGUCUACUACCAAUAACUCAACAAGAUUUAAAACCUAAAGUCAAUAGCACUACUAAGUCAGAUCAUCUACUACCUCAAGAUAGAAAAGCAUUUUUUAUUCUAGUGAUAUUGUAUUUAUUACAAGGUGUACCUGUUGGAUUAGCAUUUGGCUCAAUACCUUUUAUUUUGAAAAGUAAAUUAAGUUACUCACAAGUUGGAAUAUUUACUUUAGCAGCAUAUCCUUAUUCAUUAAAAUUGAUUUGGUCUCCAUUUGUUGACUCCAUAUAUUCAAAAAAGAUCGGAAGAAGAAAAUCAUGGAUCAUACCUAUUCAAAUAAUUUCUGGUUUGAUCCUAAUUUAUUUAGGUUUUAUAAUUGAUAAAUUAAUGGAAAAUCCAAAACAAUAUUUAAAUUUAAUAACUUUAUGUUUUUUUGUUUUAGUACUUUGUUGUGCAACUCAAGAUAUUGCAGUUGAUGGCUGGGCAUUAACUUGUCUUUCACCAGAAAGUUUAUCGUAUGCAUCAACUGCUCAAACAAUUGGAAUAAAUACUGGAUAUUUUUCAAGUUUUACAAUAUUUUUAGCACUUAACUCUCCUGAUUUUGCAAAUAAAUAUUUAAGAUCAAUUCCGAAAGAUGUUGGAUUAUUCACUUUAGGUCAAUAUUUGAGAUUUUGGGGAUUCAUGUAUUUAUUAGUUACAGGGAUUGUGUUUUUUGUUCCCGAAGAUCCUCCACAUUUGAUUAAUAGUAUCAAAGAUAAACGUGUAAAGAAUCAAGAUGUUUAUAAUUUAAAAGACAAAUGGACUCAGUUGACACAAGUAUAUUCUUCAAUGUAUGAAGUUUUAAAAUUACCAAAUGUUCAAACAUUUGUAAUUAUUUUAUUAUUAGCUAAAUUGGGAUUUCAGGUGAAUGAAGCCGGAACGAAUUUGAAAUUACUAGAGAAGGGGUUAUCAAAAGAAGAUUUGUCAAUAACGGUCUUAAUAGAUUUUCCAUUUGAAAUGAUAUUCGGAUAUUAUGCAGGGAGAUGGUCUACUGGUAAAGCUCCACUAAGGCCGUGGAUAUGGGGUUUCAUUGGAAGAUUAGUCGCCGCAAGCUUAGCUCAGAUGAUUGUAUAUUUCUUUCCUGAAGAUAGACAAGUUUCCAAAACAUAUUUUUUAAUGAUCAUCUUACAACAUUUAUUAGGCUCUUUCAUGUCAACUAUUCAAUUUGUUUCAUUAUGUGCAUUCCAUACAAAAAUAGCAGAUCCAGCGAUCGGAGGAACCUACAUGACAACUUUAAAUACUUUAUCGAACUAUGGAGGAACAUGGCCAAGGAUAUUCAUUUUCUUUUUAAUUGAUAAAAUCACUAUUUCAGAAUGUAAUUCUAGCAAAGGAACUUUCAGGAUUGAUUCCGAAAAAGGAAGAGAACUGUGUAUAGCUGAUGGUGGUGCUGUGAAAAUCAUCAGAGAUGGUUAUUACUAUACAAAUGCGUUAUGUAUUAUAUUAGGUAUAUGUAUCUUGUUAUGGGUCAAAAAGAAAGCUGUAUAUUUACAAAGCUUGCCAAACAGUGCCUGGAGAAUUAAAAAGCAGUGA